AUGUCUAAGCGCGACCGAGAUGGCAACACGCGGACUCAUGAGCCCAAGCACAAGCCGGCUGCGCCCGUAUCCCAGUUCACACCCAUGUUCAUGAAGUUUCGUGAUGAGCUGGAUCAGCACCACGAUCGGAGGGAGCGCAUUGUGAAGGCAUCGCGAGAUGUCACUGCAUUGAGCAAGAAGAUCAUCUUCACCUGCCAGAGAGUCAACAAGCUGGGUGACCUUCCCAACUUCGCCAACAAAGAGAUCGAAACGCGCAUGGGGGAAAUUAAGAAUCACCUGACUGCGAUCGAGAACGACAUAGAAGGCGUCAACCGCUACCGCUAUGCCCACUCCCUCCGCUGCCUGGAGGAGCUUGUCGAGGCCCUGUCCUUUUCCCACUACCUCCGGAACCAGACCCUUAUCAGCCAGGAGGAGACGGCAGCGGCAGUCCCAGCCAAUGUUUCAAUUACCGAGAACGACUACAUGUUUGGUCUCUUUGACCUCUUUGGCGAGAUGAUGCGUUUCGCCACGGUGACCACUGCUCAGACUGGCCAGCUCGCCGGCGUCGAGGGCCGCAACAUUUUGAUGGAUAUCCAUGAGCUGAGCAGUUGCUUCGAGAUCCUCCCAGAGAUCCCGACAAGGGACUUUAGGGGCAAGAUGGAGGUUAUGCGACAGUCGGUGCGAAAGGUGGAGAAGCUGGGCUACGGUCUGGCCAUCCGGGGAACAGAACGGCCCAAAGGCUGGGUGCCCGACAUGAAGGAGGACUUUGAUCCUUCUUCGUUGGAAUAG